GCUCUUUCAUCUCUGAUUAAUUUACAAGCAAGUGUUGUCGGACGUUUUGUAUUAUGUCUUGUGGGGCGGUAUGUUUCAUUAAGUCAGUGUGAUACGGUUUCUCAGGUUCAUAAAGUGAUUGGCAGCUGAGCCCGUAGCGUCGUGAGAGACUGUUGUAGUACUACAGUAGAGGCCGUGCUCACCGCCACAGUACACAGACCAUCUAACUAUACAUGUGAAACCAACUGGAAACAUUACACGAAUGGAUUAUAUGUUUUGAAAAUUUCUCUUGGAUUUUAUUCGUAAAUAUUUGUGAAAAUGUUAACUUCAAAUUCUCAGUAUGAGUAUCUGCACCCAGACUACCUACAACCAUUACCUACCACGUUGGAUGCUAAGAAGAGUCCUUUGGCAUUACUUGCACAGACAUGCAGUUCAAUAGGAAAGGAUCCGACACCAUCCAAAUCUAUUAUACCUUCUUUGGGGAAAAAAGACAAUGAAAAAUCCCGCGACAAGUCUGAGUCUCCGGACGUCAAACGACCGGAUUCUAGCAGCAGUAAAGGUCGGGACUCUGUAGAAAAACCUGGAUUUAGGACUAUUCCCUCAAAGGAUAUUCCCCCAUUAGUUCCCAUUUCCACUUCUAGUGACAAAGCCAGGUCUCCAUCAAUUUCUCGUGAAUCAAAAUCCAACGAAAAUGUGGCUACAUCAGUUGUGUCUUCUCGUCCAGGAUCGAUCCCUUCAUCAGUGUCAACAACAACGACGAGUGUUAGUUCUACACGGACAAACACAGGUCCUCAUAAGGAGUCGGACAGUCGUGAAAGUGUGCCCACGUCAGCCCCUAAACCCGGCAGUCGGCCAUCCCCUGAUCACGUCUCUUACAAACCCUCCAGUCACCCAUCAGCCGCCAGCUAUGCAGGGUUCUCUCCAUUCGGCCCUACCUACCCGGGCUAUCAACUUAUGUCUCCUCAUGGACUACCCGUGGAAUCUGCGGCGUCUGCUAUGGGAUACCCAUCUUCCCUAACUGCUCACGGGUACGCCGCAGCCGCCAACGCUGCCGCUGUUGCAGCAGCUCAAAGUGCCGCCUCCCUAAAGCAUGCGUCGGCGGCGUCAGCAAUGUCGCCUUGUGUUGCAUAUGCCCGUGUGAGGACGCCAGCAGGUGCGACGACUCUCGUACCCGUGUGUCGGGACCCUUACUGCUCUAACUGCCAACUGACAUUGCAAACUUCCCAUCUAUCAUCUAAUUGUACAGCUCCUGGAUGUUCCCAAUGUGCUCACGAAAAGUCCCUCCAGAGCCUCAGUGGCCUGGGGGCUCUAGGAGGGAUUCCUCCGAGCGCGUCGCUGUCCAUGCUACCCGGAUUUUCAGCAGCCAGUGCUCUGUCGUCCAGUGCUGCCGGACUUACGACUUUCCCCUCCAUGUCGUCCCUGUACCCCCACAGUGGCCACCAGGGACUUCCCUUCGUGUGUAACUGGGUAUCAGCAGGCAAUGAAUACUGUGGUAAACGUUACACCACAUCAGAGGAACUAUUACAACACUUACGGACACAUACGACGGCCACGGACACAUCUUCCCUGGCCGCCGCCUAUGGUAGUCUCGGUGGUCUCGGGGGAUUGACGGGCCUACACGGACACUUGACCGCCCCUGGGAGUAUCAGUCCAAACUCCCUCCGACGGUCAUACCCUACAAGUCUCAGUCCUGUCAGUGGACUUUUAGGGGCCAGCAGAUAUCAUCCUUAUAAAUCACAUCUACCAGUGGCUCCCGGGGCCCUGCCCCCUGGGCAACCCCUCCCAAACCUCGGACCUUACUAUUCACCAUAUUCCAUAUAUGGUCAACGAUUAGGGGCGGCGGCUGUUCCAUAAUAAAGUCUCCAAUAUUUCACGGAACUUUACAAAUGUGACGAAUCUUUCCUAAGGAAAUCCUGGAUAUAUACACGAAGUCCAUUAACUUGACAAUGCUCAUUACGCCGUUUCCAUACGUGAGGAUGACAAGUGUGAAUGGAUUGGUGUGUCUAUAUGUCUGCUAGGACUGGAUCAAUCAAAAAUAUCAAGUAAUAAUUAUUCAAAUUCGCGUAUUUCAUUACGACAAGUACUUUUUUGUCCCGGUUAUAAUACACAGAUUAUUUAUUCCCCGAUACGUGAGACAUAGAUAUAUAUAAUUUAUUAAAAACUAAGUCUAGAUUGUAAGUCCAGAUAACAGGAUAAUGUUACACUAUUGAUGUGCCAAUAAAAUUGGAUGGACGGUGUAACGCCCGCCACUAAAUCACAGGAGUGCUAUAUCGGUGUGGUAGUGGAAAAAGUGCUGUGUGGAAUGAACGACAGGUGUUGAAAUAUUUGUAUGUUUGAUACAGAAAUAUUAUUUUAUUAAAAUAUUACAUAACAUUA